AUGGCAGCCUUGAGUAAACUACCCUUGCGCCAGCUAGGCCGCAAUGGCCCUUUUGUCCCUCGACUGGGCUUGGGAUUGAUGAGUGCGAGCGGCAUUUACAAUUCCCCCCUGUCGGAGGUUGACCAUCUUGCUUUCCUGGAUGAAGCCUACAACCGAGGAGAAACGUUCUGGGACACUGCCGACAAAUACGGCGCGUCCGAGGACGUGCUGGGCAAAUGGUUCGCCGCCAACCCGGACAAGCGCGAACAUAUCUUCUUGUCCAGCAAGUUCGGCAUAAUAUUAAAUCCCGGCCAGAGCCCGCCAUUCAAGGUCGAUUCCACCCCCGAGUACUGCCGGGAAGCCAUAGAAGCCUCACUCCACCGUCUCAAUCUGUCCUAUGUCGACAUUUACUACAUCCACCGCCUGGACAAGGUCACCCCGAUCGAAAAGACCAUGGAAGCCAUGGUCGAACUCAAGAACGCAGGGAAAAUCAAACACCUGGGCUUGAGCGAAUGCAGCGCUGAAUCCCUCCGACGCGCAUACGCAGUCCACCCCAUCACGGCCGUCCAGGUCGAAUACAGUCUUUUCUGUCGCGCUAUCGAGGCGCCGCAGAUUCGUCUUCUCGAGACAGCCCGUGAACUGGGCGUCGCUAUUGUAUGCUACAGUCCUCUCGGCAACGGCUUGCUCACCAAUACAAUCCGCGCCAGAGAGGAUGUGAAGCCGGGGGAUUCACGGGUGCAUCUGCCUUGGCUGAAGGAGGGGAAUUUGGAGCAGAAUGUGGCUGUUGUUGAGAAGAUCGCGAGCAUCGCUGCGUUGAAGGGGGUUUCAUCUGCGCAGUUGGCUUUGGCGUGGUUGCUUGCGCAGGGGGAUGACAUCUUUCCCAUUCCUGGAACAACCAAGGCACACCGGUUGGUUGAGAAUCUGGAGAGUGUGCACGUUUCCGUGUCGGCGGAUGAGGAAAAAGCGUUGCGGGAGAUAGCGGACGCUGUUGUGGGUGCUCGAUUCCAGGGAAUGACUGGUUAUGCUUUUGCAGAUACCCCAGCACUGUGA